CAGUAGUUUUUAGCCUUGUUUGCUGAGCACUUGGCGGGCUUUAUCAUUAGCCAACCACAGAUGAAUGAGGCCACUACAUUUCAUUUUUGAAACUUCAUUAGCAAAGAUUGUUAUAAACCAUUGUCAAGCAAUCAAAUUAGGAACUAUUUGCGAUAUCUACACAAACAAUAUUCUCAUAAGCGGCUACACAAGAUGCAAAGAAUUAAGUCUUGCACUGAAGGUGUUCGACGAAAUGCUUCAGAGGGACACUGCUUCUUGGAACUCCGUGAUCGCUGGAUAUAUAAACUCCGGGAGCUACGAGAGUGCGUGGGAGUUUCUCAAGAGCAUGAAAAGAAAUGGGGUUGUGCUGGAUGGCUAUAGUUUUGGAAGUAUACUUAAGGGGAUUGCUUGUGACACACGUCUCUUUCUCGGGCAACAAGUGCAUUCCGAUAUAGUUAAGAUGGAUUGCCAAGGGAAUGUAUAUGCAGAAAGUGCUCUUUUGGAUAUGUAUGCCAAGUGUGGCAGAGUGGAAGAUGCUAUGAGGGUAUUUGAGUGCAUGCCUGAACGUAAUUCUGUGUCGUGGAAUGCUCUUAUUGCAGGUUAUGUAGAAGUGGGGGAUGUUUUUAAUUCGUUUAGGUUAAUGAGUUGUAUGAAGAGAGAACAUAUGUCUCCAGAUGAUGGUACAUUUGCUCCUCUUUUGACACUGCUUGAAGACCCUGUUUUCUACAAGCUGAUGUUGCAGCUCCAUGGCACAAUUCUAAAGCACGGUUUGGCUCAUUGUAACACUGUAUACAAUGCUACGAUUACUGCUUAUUCCGAGUGUGGAUCCAUUCAAGAUGCCAAGAGGAUGUUUGAUAGCUGUCCUUUUGCUAGAGACCUUGUCACGUGGAAUGCCAUGUUGGCAGCGUACAUUGUACAUGAGCAAGAAACGAAUGCAUUUAAAUUGUUCCUAAACUUGCGUGAACUUGGACUAACGCCGGACCUCUACACAUACACAAGUAUUAUUAGUGCUUGUUCAGGAAAACCACAAGAAUUCCAAGGGAAGUCAUUGCAUGGGCUGGUCAUAAAAGUGGGGCUCGAACAAUCAACACCAAUUUCUAAUAGUUUGAUGGCUAUGUACAUCAGAUUGAAUUCCUUAUACAUGGAAGAAGCAUUUUUUAUAUUUUCAUCGAUGAAGUUCAAGGACCGUGUCUCAUGGAAUUCAAUUCUUACAGGAUUCUCACAAUAUGGAUUAAGUGAAAAUGCACUUAAGUUAUUUCAGGAUAUGAGGUUAAACUACCAGGAAAUUGAUCACUAUGCUUUUUCAGCUGUAUUAAGGUCUUGCGCUGAUAUGGCUGCCCUGCAAUUGGGUCAACAGGUUCAUGUAUUGUCACUAAAAUCAGGACUUGAGACCAAUGAAUAUGUCACCAGCUCGUUAAUAUUUAUGUAUUCCAAGUGUGGGUACAUUGAAGAUGCUAGACGUUGCUUUGAAUCGACAUGCAAAGACAGCUCAGUCAGUUGGAAUUCAAUCAUGUUUGGCUAUGCCCAACAUGGGCAAGGUCAAGUUGCACUUGACUUGUUCCACUUGAUGAAAAAUGAAAAUAUAAAGAUGGAUCACAUAACCUUUGUGGCAGUGCUAACUGCUUGUAGCCACAUUGGUCUGGUAGACGAAGGAAAAGAAUUCCUGCAAUGUAUGGAAUCUGAUUAUGGAAUUCCUCCGCGAAUGGAACAUUAUGCUUGUGCAGUAGAUCUUUUUGGCCGGGCUGGACGUUUACAGGAAGCAAAGGCCUUGGUUGAAGCCAUGCCAUUUCAACCUGAUGCAAUGGUCUGGAAAACUCUUUUAGGUGCCUGCAGGAUGUGUGGUGAUAUUAAACUGGCAUCUGAGGUGGCAAGCUAUUUGCUGGAAUCGGAUCCUGGGGAACACUGCACUUAUGUUCUUCUUUCUGACAUAUAUGGGCACUUAAGGAGGUGGGAUGAAAUAGCUACUGUAAAGAGGUUGAUGAGGGAGCGAGGGGUCAAGAAGAUACCAGGUUGGAGUUGGAUAGAACUGAAGAAUGAAAUUCAUUCUUUUAAUGCAGAGGAUCAUUCUCACCCCUGUUGCCAAGAAAUAUACACCCUAUUAUUUGGCCUAUUGGAUGAGAUUUCAAUUCUGGAAAAUGGUAAUAAUAUAGAGUUGUUAACUUAUCUGGGAUGAACUAGCAUGGAUGUUAUUGAUCUAGACAUUGGUUGCAGGUUCCUCACAGCCAACUUCAGUAAAUGUAUCCUUUGAUGGGUUUCCCCCCCCUUCUGGAGUCCCUGGGGCCAUUGACUAAAUUUGCAUAUCUGACAAUAUUCAAUCUCCUUAGUUCUAGAAUUCUGGGUUAAUUACAUCUAAAAUCUUUAAGCCUUACUGUAUUGUCUCAAAUUCUAAAUUUACAGAGGAUUUCUUUCUUUCCAAGGUGGAAAUUGCUCCAUUUAGCUUGGUUACAUGUUUUCUUGUACCUCAAUUGUUAGUAUAAGUUAUAAUCUCAACAGUGUAUCACAUUUGCAUGAUAUUGCUGUUUCGGGAGUGCUAUGAGUUCCCAAAUUUUUAAAUACUCACUUAUUCACAUGAAGAUAUCAACUCUUGUGUGUUGGUAUUGUGGGGAUAAGUUCUUAAGUUACAGUAAGCUCGUGCUCACCCCUUAGAGGUUGCUGUAAGCCUGUAUUCUGUAACUUAUUCUUUUCUUUCUCUUUCAGUUAAGUUUGUUGAUAUAGGAAGUUACAGCUGAUGAUACUCUUCUUU